AUGCGCGCCGCCGUGACGUCGACGCGUCGCGCGCGACAUCUCGCGUCCAUCGUCCCUCGCGCGUUCGCCUCGAGCGCGGCGCCGGAGCCGUCGACGAGUGGACACGGCGCGCACGGCGGUACCAACGCGGUCGAUCGCUUCGACUCGCAUUCCCUCGUCAAGGCGCUCGUGCGCGCGGGAUUCACGGAGACGCAGGCGGAGGGGGUGAUCCGGAGCACCACCGAUGCGAUGACCCGCGCCGGGGUCGUCGGCCGAGGCGAGCUCGAGCGUGAGUUGAUGUACGGCCGGGCGGAGACGCAGGCGCUCAAGGUUGAGUUGAGCGGGGCGAUGCGCGAGGCGAGCGCGGGAAUGCGACAUCAGAGCGAUCAGUUGGUGAGCGAGACGGAAAAGUUACGGGCGGAUUUAAAGUAUAACAUUGAGAGGAUCACGCAGUCGCAAAAGUUGGAUUUGAAUCUCGAAAAAGGACGCCUGCGCGAGCUGCACGGGAUUCAAGAGUCGCAAAUGAAGAGCGUCGAGGCGCGGGUCGAUAAGGAGUUACAUCAGAUGCGCACGCAGAUCGAGGCGGCGAAGACGGAGAUCAUUCGAUACUCGGUCGGUACGCUCGUCUCCCUCGGCGCGCUCUCCCUCGCGGCGCUGCGUUUGUUCAUGUAA